CCGUAUUGCGACUACCAAGGUGUGGACCGGAUCUCAAGAAACGUCUAUUUCUACGCCAGAGUUAGCUGCCAGUACUUCAUCCCUCUGGUGGUGCUCUCGUUCUGCUACUGCCGGGUCGGCUGUGAGAUGUGGGGAUCGCGAGUGCCAGGAAACGCCGACAACCAGCGUGACGCCGUGCUCCUCAACAACAAACGCAAGGUGCUGAAGAUGCUGGUGAUCGUGGUCGUCAUGUUCGUCAUCUGCUGGCUGCCCUUCCAGCUCUUCUACGUCGUCUUCUCAAUCUUCCCGAACAUUGGAGAAUUUCGCUACAUCAACGUCAUCUUUUUCUGCUCCCACUGGCUGGCCAUGGCCAACAGCUGCUGCAAUCCGUUCAUCUACGGCAUCUACAACGAGAAGUUUAAGCGCGAGUUCAAGAACAAGUUCCAGAAGAGCAUCUGUCACGAGGGUCGCUACUCGAUGGAGCCGCAGUCGUCCGAUAUGGAGAACGGCUCCGAGGAGCUGCGGUCGCGCUUCUCCCUCCAGAGGUCCCUCAGGAACAAAUUCCUCGGCGCCUCCACCAAGACCACGCUGGACCGCGCUGCCUCUGUACCGGGCAAGGAGCUGGAGCCACUGGCUGGCGGCGGGCCGCCAAUCAACCUCACGGGACCCGAUUGAUGCCAGGCGGCGGCGGAUGGCCGCCCCCGCCCCCGCCCCCGCCCGGCUGUCACCGUGACCUGGGGUCAUACCGGAGCAGUGGAAUCAGUCCAGUGGACGGCCGGUCAUGCACCGAACGGAGAAAACCAGCCGCGAGCAGGCAACGUCCUCACUGUGUCAACACCGGCCGGCCGCAGCACUGCCAUCUGACGGUAGAAAACGGAACUGCCGCUUGUGGAAACUACCGCGAGGUGGUGCUAAGAGGCAAAGCGUGUCCCGAGGCUGGGAGAAUCAAUGUCGGGGGUUCGCCUGCCGUGAGAUUUUUGUUCUAUGGCGAUGUUGUGUUAUCUGUGAUGCUGAGUUGUAAAUAGUUGUGGGACUGUGGUGUGCAUAAAGAAACUUGAGGUUAUUCGUGGCGACAAUGGACAGUGAUCAAUGUGCGCCGGUACCUAUACGUAAUGUGAAUUUCGGGUCCAGGCAUGGUUAAAGAUUCGGUCCUAAACGCAUAGAAGUAAGCGCCUGACAAUCAUGGGCAUUGGGCACACCUUCCUUCAUUUUCAACCCCCAUAGGGAUCAAAACCUUCUCAUCCACGCCUCUUGUCCCCUGAUCCAGAUCCUUCUCCUCCACGCCUCUUGUCCCCUGAUCCGGGCCGGACGGUCACAUCUGCCGUUAUCCCACGUACCUAGGUAGCUCUUCAGGAGCAGGCCCAUCGUGCGAUGACGUGACCGUUAGCGGGGCCGGGUGGCCUGUCCACAGUGACGGGCUCUGAGCCCCCGUGGUGAACCAGGGUGGCCAUCCAAACCAAUGUCUACCAUUGAUUCCUUCAUUCCUAUCAUCUUUCCGGCUCUGCAAAGGUCUCAUUCGACCGAAAGAGCCUAGCCCUGCAAAAUAAAAUAAACAAACUUGACUGUCUUGGUAGAAAGCAAUCACCAAACUUAUCGCAUAGCAUAGCAUAGCGAUUUAUGGAUGUAAUUCAAAACCUUCUAUGAACGUCAAACGCCUAGCAACCCACCUUCGAUGAAUAUUGCAUGCUUAAAAACCCAUGCCACUGGACCGAACAUGUAAAUAAACCCUGUACAAAUCGAUUGGGGGCGUGGAUUUUCACAAAGGCGCACUUUCAAAAGGUGAUAUGUCUUGUGCUACAGCUAAUAUUCUUGUUGUUGCCUGUUUGUGUUGUGCAUUGUAAUUUCUAUGUUGCAUUGCUUUUUCAUCCCGUGAUGCGUAAAGGAAAUGGGUACAGCUUUUCUCACUGUGUGAUAGUAUCGUGCCAGCAAAACCGAGAAUAGACCCAAGACUUUGUGAUCAGUUACUCGUAAAUUAACACACCUACUUCAAAGCUAUUGAGAACAUGGGAGGGGAGAGUCAUCUCAAGACGAGCUUGAAUGGAGCGUUGCGGACCUUUGUGUGUGGCAUUCAAGUGACUGCUGCCAUAUGAGCCUUUCGACUAUUCUCGGUUUUGUCGAAAUGAUACCUACCACGCCGAGUGAAAAGGCUGUACCUAUAAGCUACGUUGGGAAAAAUACGCUGAUAUGUAUGGGUUACCACGGACAAUGUACAGAACAAUGCUGGUGUAUCAUCUACGUCAGUCACAGUUGAUGUACUAUGAACUGUAAUAUAGCGUCAGGAUACUAAUUCUACUGUUGUAGGGGAAGUGUGUAAAUGUGACGUCUGACGAUGCUUUUGUAAAUAGUUUUCAAAUCUCUGGCAUGUGCAAUCGCCUUAGUAAUUCCGUUUAAAAACACAUUGAAAGCAAGUGCUUCUUGCAGCAGAGUUCGAAGUAGCAGCCACCACCUGGGGCAGAUUAACUUACAGGAACCCGCUUAAUAAUUUAUUUUAAUGUCUAGUUACGGGUUAUUGGUUUGACAUUUUUCUCUUAUGUGAUAUACUUUGGGGGGUCGUCAUCUUGCCUGCUAGGGUCUCAUAAUCUUCAAUGCGUGUCGAUGGCAGGGAUACUGUGUUAGCGACGCAGAUCCUUCGCUGUUGAAACCGAACGCAAAUGUACAUGUAAAUCCAUGUAAAUACUUCUUCGGUGUAUUUACGAAGAGUCGAAGGCGGGGCAGGGUGGGUAUGUCACGUGUUAAAAUAGAUUUAUUGGUGAGUGACUCCGCCGUGUUAUGUGGUUGCCAGGACGAGUCAAGCUAUUCAGGAAAGGUGCUGUGUGUUUUGUUCUUUAGUUGUGGGCACCGCAAGACUUUUACGGCAAUGCGACUGCGCGCGAGAACGUCAUGGUUUAGCGACACCAGUGAUGACGUAAGCGACAUCAGUGAUGACGUAAGCGACAUCAGUGAUGACGUCUGAUGUGACGCAGUUGAUGUGGCGUCAAUGUGGUUAAUUGUGACGAUAUCGGAAGGCUGGUCUACCAUUUCAUGUUCAAGGGAAAACUCCAUCAUUUCUGACUGUAACCGCGAGUGUCGCGGGCCGUAUAUUUUGGGUGCCUCGUCCUCCGUCGGCGAAAGGCAUUAGCGGCGCGGUGGAGGCAAAGAGUUCGGCCGCGUGGCGGCGUCACGAACGUUCCGCAUUGUUUGGAUGAAUUGAAAGGCAGAAAGGCGCAAACGAUCGCUGGCGUAGAGUCCAGCUAGUAGCAGACCGCUUCUGGUCAAGAUGGAGGACGGAGCUCUUGUCUUCACUCCAAGAGCGCCGACGAUGGACGUCGGCGAGGCCCAACGUUCAACCGGGCGACGUCGUGCUCCUGAUGGAGGAAUCUCCGAGAGGCAGCUGGCCUCUGGGCCGGAUCGUCGAGGCCGUGCCCGGCCGUGACGGCCUGGUGAGGAAGGUGAAGGUUCGCUCCGGAGGCCGGGACCUGGAGCGGCCUGUGCACGGCAUCGUCAGCCUGACGCGCUGAGCGGCGUGGCCGCUGAGCGGCAUGGCCGGCGCGGCAGAGACCGGGACCUGACCGUGGCGACUCUCAGCCCGGGCGCCGAGCGGGGUGAGAUGUGAUACAGACUCAGUGAAUGGAGGACUCGAGCGGCGGAUGUGGCCGUGCGAUGGCGAUCCAGGGUGGUGUCUCCAUCUGCGGGUGGCCGUCGCUAUCCGACAUCUGACUGAUCGGAGCCAGUGUGUGUACCUAUUCACCGGCAGGGAGUUGUGUCAGCCGAGACACGCACUCUGACGUGCGGACUGUGGUGUUAUGAGGAGCCACGCGCUGUGAGAACGCAUUCCUAAGUGUUACGAGGAGCCACUCGUGUUGUGAAAGGUGCAUUUUGAGCGUCAUGGGGAGUCACACGUGCCGUGAGAAGUGCUCACCUAAGCGUUAUGAGAAGUCAUGAGUCAUGCGCAGUCAUAUGCGUGGCGAUAAGUGUGUGGGAGAUGCUAGAGAAGUAAAUUUUGUUUACCAAAUUUAGAGGAGCCAUGUAACCGCGAGUGUCGCGGGCCGUAUAUUUUGGGUGCCUCGUCCUCCGUCGGCGAAAGGCAUUAGCGGCGCGGUGGAGGCAAAGAGUUCGGCCGCGUGGCGGCGUCACGAACGUUCCGCAUUGUUUGGAUGAAUUGAAAGGCAGAAAGGCGCAAACGAUGUAAGUUGGUUGAAAUGAUUAAUUUUUGCUAUGUACUGUGCAAUGAGUUAAUGGCUGACUUCAUUCUAAACGAUUUAACGACUGUUUCAUACGAUUUUCUGUUCGUUUCAGAAUUUACGGCAUAAUACAGCUAUGUCACUGAA